AUGUAUCAAAGUUUACCGAGAAGAGGGAAAUCUACACCCUCCGAAGGUGUAACUGAGGAUUUUAAUUUCCAAAAUACCGAAGAGAAGGCGCAGAUAACGUCGAGCAAUGUAACACCUCCGAUAAUUAAUCUGGAGGCCCAUCUAGCCGACUGUACACUUUCCUUUACUCCUCCUUGGAAGACGAAGAAAAAAUAUUUGGUUGGUAAGGAGGUAAUGAGGGACCCUGCCGCUUUCGAUGAUAAAACGUCCGGAUCGGCUGCUCUGCUUCCUGACCCUUUAGGGAAUUCUGAGGAUAUAUUUCUCGAAACCCCUCCACAGAAGGAGAACACGAGAAGAAAACUGGCUGACGCUAUCCACUACAAUGUUGGCGAGGAAUUUACGGAUCCAGCUCCUAAUCGUUGUUCUGGCAUCGACGCAGGGUUUCCUAACAAUGGUGGGAUUGGAUUGAGGAAAGGGCUUCGGAUGGUUGAUCAUUAUGGUUAUGAAGAAAUCGGUCCUAUUUACAACGAUAUGGCAAGCGACUCGUUGAGGUUGGCCGAAAUUGAUCUGACAUACGAGGAUGAUUCGAUCUACUGUGGUAGGUUGUUCAAAAACAAAGAGCAUUUAAAAUAA